UGUUUUAUACUUUUAUGUUGUGGCACAGCUGUGGUCCGAACUUACUCUUGAGCAAUGAGCACUGACCGCUGAGCACUGAACACUAAGUUUUCAAACAAAGUACAAAUGCGUUAUCAUAAUAUCAAUAACGGAUUAAUCUUUUAUCUAUACAGCCCGACAGCCUAUCGUGGACGGGCCCAGGGUUAUAUUUUGCUGUCGUGCUAUUUUUAAAACAUCUACAGUGUUAGUGUUAAUAGUCGGCAUCAUGAUAUAAUUAACAAAACUGGUUUUUGGAAUUAUUGGAAUAACGACAAACGCCGCUGCAGAGUACUGAGUAGCACCAAAUACUGUCAUAGUGUCAUUUACUGUACUCGGUGCAAUCGACAUUUGACCGUUGACGAGUGACGGCACCGCAAACUUUCUGAGGGCUUUAAGUUGGUACGAAAAGUCCGGAUAAAACCUAGUCGGACAUCGUCGUGUAGAUAAAAUCCUGUCCACAUUCGCGGAAAGCCGGAAACACGUUGUCCCGGUGUCGACGGUCGCGAUUCUGAGUUCGGGGAGAAUAUUGUGAUACUAUUUAGACCGAGUUUGCAACGACGACGACGUCUCGACAGACAGAUGUUCACUUCCGGUGUGUAUCGUUUCGCGUUCGUAGGAAAAACGUGACGGUCGGCCCGCAGUGACGAGUUCCGUCGGACCUGUGAACGCAAUGCCCAAAAGUAACUACUUGCCUACUGUCGUGAUGGAUAUUUCCGUCGGUUCUCUCGGCGUUUUCCUCGCUUUGUUUUCGAUCGUUUGUUAUUUUGUCAGGAUCAGACUGGUCAGCAGCCGCGGUCUGCCCUCGUCCACACGUCCACGGUUGCCGGUCACCGACGAUCUGCCUCCGACGCCUACACCGCGGUUGCAGGUCGCCGACGGUCUGUCCACACCGCGGACGGCCGCCUACGGUCCGCUCUCGACGUUCACACCGCUGUUGGUGUCCGUCACCGUUCCGCGAGUUCGCCAGAGUUCCGGAACCGCCAGAAUCGCCGACAAGCUUCGAGUAUCGGUAAAUCCGUUCACGCCGACCGGCAUCGCGAUACUGAAAAACCGAAAUAAACGCUUAACCGGAUCGAACGAAGACGACGACGACGACCUACGUAUCGCCGAUCCUGAGGACCAUGACGACUGCUUGAGCCUUGGACAGUACACGCCGCCCGACGACAAAUCGUCUGGUUCCGUCCAUCCGUCCGUCGUCAGACGUCUGGUGGACAGUGGCAAGAUGACCAACGUAAGUAUACGCGAACUGCAGACGUCACGCUUCAACGAAGAGUUCAGGAUAGACGAGUAUAUUGCCGCAGGUAGUUUUGGAGUCAUAUACAAGUGCACAAAUCUAUUAGACGGGAUACCAUAUGCGAUUAAAAAAAUCAAACAGACGGUACCCAGGAGCCCAGAGUAUCUGGUCCGGAAGGAGGUGUACGCGAACUCGGUGUUCGGGCGACAUCCAAACUUAGUCUCGUACUUCACGGCUUGGUACGAGAGGGGUCACAUUUACAUUCAAACCGAGUUCUGUCACGGAGGCACCCUGGAACGCAUGAUCCACGAGUCUGAUCAUGUUUUUUGUGACAACGCUCUGAGGCGAUUGUUGUGGCAUGUGUGCAAUGGCCUGGCUCACAUCCACUCCAAAAAACUCGCUCAUUUAGAUAUAAAAUCAGCCAACAUAUUGGUAUGUAAAACUAAUGGGUCAUUGGUGUUUGCUAAUGAUCUAGACGAUGAAGAAGAAGAAAUAGUUGACAAACAUAUUGUUUACAAGAUAGGUGACUUUGGGCAUACAAUAUGUGUCGAAGAUGUCCGAAAUAUUGAAGACGGAGACUCUCGCUACUUACCUAAAGAACUAUUACGUGACGAUUAUUCUCAGUUGCAGAAAGUCGAUGUGUUUUCUACUGCUCUUACAGUGUACGAGGCAGCAACUCGUAAACAUUUACCUAAAAAUGGACCAGAAUGGCAUCGUUUGAGGAAUGGUGAAUUUUCGUUACCUCAAACUCCAUUUUUCAGUACAAGUCUUGAAAAAUUGCUAAAAAAAAUGGUAGAAUUGGAUCCUACCAAUAGACCUAGUGCUUCUAAAGUGGUUAAUAUUUUGCUCGAUAGAGGAAUGGCAGCAACAAAAGAUCAAGAUGAAAUGGAAGCGUUAAAAUUAAGUGCUCAAUUCCUUUCACCUUGGUUAAUAGAUUUAAAACCGUCAAGAACAGCACUAUCAGGUAGAAGUAACUAUAUUUAUACGGACUGUCAGUUAUAAGAAAUUCAAGACUAUUGAACAGGAAAUGAAAUCAUCGAGGAAAUCAUUUAAUUAUAUUUAACCUAUAAUUAUGUUGAACUAUUAGAUUUAAAAAAAAAUUUAAUUUAGAGCUAUAAUUUUUAUUUCUCCAUUAGAUUUAAACAGUUAAUGAAGAAUAUUUUUUAAAGCAAUAUUUAGUUUAAUUUAAUUUUAAAAUAGUGAA